AUGGCUGACAGCGACUGGGACUCCGUUACUCGUAUUGGCAGCAAGAACCGCGGUGGCCCCGUCCAACGCGAGACUGUCGUCAAGGGCCGAAGCGCUCUUAACGCUGCCCAGCGAUCUGGACUGGUCGUUGGCACUGAAAAGAAAUAUGCCACCGGUAAUGUUGCUGGUCGCGCAGGCGCCCCUGAAGGCCAACACCUAACCAAAGUCGACCGAAGCGACGACAUCAUCAAGCCCAAGACAGUCGGUGCACAAGUAGGCGACGCCAUCAAGCGCAGGAGGAACGAGGAGGGCUACAAAAUGACUCAAAAGGAACUCGCCACCAAGUGCAAUACAACAGUUACUAUUGUUCAGGACAUGGAGCGCGGCACCGCUACUCCAGACCAGAAAGUGCUCAGUGCGAUGGAACGUGUGCUCAAUGUUAAGCUACGGGGUAGUGACAUUGGUGCCGAGAAGUUUCCUAAGAAGAAGUAA